CCGGUCACCACUGGGCGCUUUCGCGGGUUCAUGCUCGACCACGUCGUCCAAACCCUCUCCUCGGACACACUCCUAGCGUGUCUCAUCCCUGCCCUACUCUUCAUAUUCAGUCUGUAUUUCUCUGGACUCCCCUCGUUGUCUGGACUGCGCCAAAAUGUCGCAGAGAUCAUCGCCGGACGCCGGCGCACGACGUUCGGGCACUUCUCCGUCGAGCGCGCUGCGCUAUCCUACCAACAGUAUGCGAAACUGUCGCGCGGCGAGUUGGCGACGAUGCAGGCGUCGUACGGCAAGCUAGGGCGUGCGCACAAACGCGUUGGGUACGACAUGGACUAUCCCGCCAAGUUGAACAGGCUACAAGAAGCCAUCGCGCUCAAUGCCAAGGUCACGGAAGGCAUCGUGCAACUCGGGAAAGAGGAAUUCCCGGACAGACUUUCUCGGGGGGACUGGCAGAGUGCUGGUGUGCAUGGCGACGUUCAUCGAGUCCGGGAGUCGCUGAAACAUUUCGUGCGUGACUGGAGCGAGGAAGGCCGGGCAGAGCGCGCGAAUAUAUUCGGACCGAUUCUGGACGUUUUGCAGGACGUCAAGCCUGCGGCUCGCCAGGAGAUGAGAGUGCUGAUCCCUGGCUCAGGACUGGGUAGACUCGCUUGGGAGGUCUCACAGAUGGGCUAUGUGGUGACCGCGAACGAACUUUCAUUCUUUAUGAAUCUGGCCUUCCGCUUUCUGCUCUCGGAGUCGACAACUGAGCACGUGAACCAGCACACUCUGCAACCAUACGCAAGUUGGUUCUCACAUCAACGCACCGUCGACGCGCUGUUCCGCAGCGUCCAGUUUCCGGACACUGUCCCGCGGCGAUCGACAAACCUGGAACUAGCGGAAUGCGACUUCCUCGGCCUCGAGAGACCUCCCGCACUGCGCACCGGUGGCCCAGCGGGCUACGACUUCAUCGUCACGCUCUUCUUCAUCGAUACCUCGUUGAACAUCGUCGAGACGCUCGAACACAUCCAUGGUCUGCUCAAGCCAGGGGGAACAUGGAUCAACCUCGGGCCCCUCCUCUGGACUGGCGGAGGGCAGGCCGCGCUGGAGUUGAGCCUGGAGGAAGUGCUACGACUCGCAGGCAUGAUAGGCUUCGAGAUAGCCUCGGACACGGACGGCCCACGACGCAGACGCACGAUCGAGUGCGAGUACACAGCGGAUCGCGAGGCGAUGAUGCGAUGGCUGUACCAGGCUGGGUUCUGGGUGGCCACCAGGAUGCGAUAAGACCCGGAGGUGAUUGUUCUUUGUGUGGACCCGAUAUGACCUUGUGGCUGAUCGUUGCACAGCUGAGGUCCGAGCGGCGAAGU